AUGGCCAAGGCCUGCCCCUCCUCCCCGAGCCUCUCCUUUCCUCUCGGGGGAUCUCAGGUUACCCCCCUCCCUAGGAGGGCCUCGGCCCUGCCAGCCCGUGCCCCCCAGGCCUGGCUGGACCUUUGGAGCUGCUGGUCCUGCCUGCCCCCCAGGGCCCUGACCCUGAUUCUUACCACCUUCUCCUGCCCCCACCUCCCAACCCCUGGCCACUUCCAGGAUCAGGAGGGAGAUGAGGAGCCCUUUGUUGUCUCCUGUGCUGUGGGACUGGGCUGGUUUUGUCCUGAAGUGGCCAGGAGCCAGGACAGGGUGGUCCCACCCACACCCAGCAUGGGUCCCUCACCGACCCCUGUUGCAUCUGUGGCCUGGGCACCAGGAGCGUCUGACACCCCCCCCCCCACCUCAUUGUCCAGCCUGGCCCCUUCCUUCCCUGUCAGCUUCAGGAUGACACCAGCUCUCCGGGCCUGGCACACUGCUGGGUGCCCCCUCCACGGGUUCUAG